AUGCUGCUCUUUCGUGUGCUUGCCUCUGUCCUUUUGGCCCAAGCAACCCAUGCAUUGGCGCCAGUUGCCCAAACCGCCAAGGGCCAGAAGGUUUACACUGCGCCAAUUGGUUCUCGUCUCCAACAGUCUGGUCGCGACAUAGAGCUCUUUGCGCCAGACGGCGCUCACCUUCAUACCUUCGCAAACGUCGUUCCAAGGGAGACUCAACCCAAGCGCCAGAUCUUCAGUGUAACCGAACUCGUCGGCCAGCUCAAUGAGACCGCCACCAACACACUGGAGUCAUUCACGAGCACCUUUGUCGUCCCCCCUGAGCCCGAAGUUUUCGACAGCCAGAUUAUCUUCAUGAGUGCCAACAUGCGUUUCAUUGACCCAGCGACUGGCCUCACUUAUGCCACUGUGCGGCCCACCCUUCAGUAUGGUGGCAGUUGGAUUCAAGGCGGAUCCUUCUACUCAUACGCACUGCAGGUGGAAUUCGCUCAACAAGCCCUCAUCCAAUUCGUCGGAUUUGAGAACGUCACUCUUGAGGUUGGCCAAACACUCGACAGCACUAUCGUCCGCAACCACGAAGUAGAAAAACAAACUCCUGGCUAUUUUUGGUACAAGACGAGUUUCCCUAGUCUCAGCAACAUCGCCGUCAUAGACAUGGGUUUGCAGAUAACCCCAAGCCUUGUUACACUUCAGUUGGAGGAGGAAGGUGUUUUCCAGCCCAGUCAUUAUCCAGCCGGCGCGCUCGUCUUUGAGCACAUCAACGUCAAUAUGACGAAUGGUCCACCUGAGAUGUCGUGGCAACCUAACCUCGAUCCCGCCACCCAAGUAGAGUUCAAGGUGGAUGUAGAUGGCGCCAAAGAGGGCAAAGUUGAAAUGGUCUUCUCGCGCACGUAG